AACCAAGAUCUUUGUAAAAUGCAUGAAUCAUAACCUGACCUAAAUGCACAGAGAAGAGGAUAACACAAUGUCUGAACUACAUGUAAGAUCGUGAUUUCGUCUCACCGAUAAUAAUGAUUGCACAUUCCCUCAUGUGAGAGGAAAAAGGUAUUGAAGGGUCAAGUUCUACUCCUUUAUAAAGAUUGUGAUUGGAUAUUUGAACAUCGGCAAGUUAGGAGAAAAAACAAAUCUACUUCAUCUGGUUGUAUGACAAGUAUAAUCGGUGAUUAUACGAGACCAAGGAUCUGAAGGAGGUUUACGACACACGGGUAACAUAAUAACUCACUGCUAUCCAUCCUUGUCGUCGAGUAACCAGUGUGAACGACGACGAUGGCGUUCAUUACGACGAAGAAUGCGGUGCUUUUUUUCGCCGUCCUCGAGAAUUUCUUUCACUCCGCGAUCAUCUUCGGAUGGCCGUCACUCGUCUACGUGCUCAAAGACCUCGGUUAUUAUAGCAACCUAUGCCCACCUCGAGAAAACAAUACAACGACCACCGUGUCGGGGUUGCCGUCGAUGUCACCCAUCACAAUUAUUUCGACAUCGAUGACGACUGCGCGUCUUGAUGAUUCGGUGGAUGAAGGCGUGGUCGAAUGCGAUGCCCAGGAUGCUAGACUGUUACUAAUCUACACCAUAUCAUCGAGUAUAUUACCAUGCAGUAUGCUGUUUUCGGGCAUUCUAUUCGAGAAAGGAGGGACACUCAUCAUCCGCCUCAUAUUUAGUGUAUCGCUCUUCGUAGCGUACCUGUGUGUAGCGGCCAGCUCCCCGUCUGUUCCCGAUCUUCUAUUCCCGGGCACCAUCCUCAUGGCAGUGACUGGAAUCUUUAUAACCAUCUCUACGUUUGAGGUAUCGAAUCUAUUUCCUAAAUACAAGUCGACAGUGAUUGGUCUCAUCGUUGGGUCAUGUGAUUCUAGCGCAUGCGUGUUACUCUUUAUCAAGGUGUUAUACGAUGCCGGUGUGUCGAUGAGGGCGUCCUUCCUCGCUUUAGCUAUCUCAACCCUCUUCUUCACGGUUAACACUCUCCUCCUCCCUCGAAACCACAUUCCUUGGCCACUCCCUGAGGACUAUCAACUUCGAACCGGAUGUUGCUACAAGAACAAGGAUAGAAACCCAGAGAAGCCCAUCCAAAACUCAGAUCAUCACAUGAAUGAGUUGAAGUCGGCAACAGAGAUGAAAGAAAACAAUAAUAAACACGUGACUGUUGACGGUGAUGAAAUGUCACCGGAAUGUUAUUCUAAUUUAAAUGAGAACAAUAUUAAUUCUUCAGAUGAUCAACACGAGAGGAAAGAAGGCGGGAAAGCAAGUUUAGCGAAGGAUAAUGGUGUUUAUGAGAAGCAUGAUGACAUGGUUUUAUGGCAUGAUAAUGCAGGAUAUGAACAUGAAGAUGGGUACGUCACCCAAAUUCCCGAAACAGAUAAUAAAGGCUCUUUUCAGGGCCUCAGCAAUGGGACCAGCGUCGACCUUUCCAAGGCGGCUCGGCGAGCGACCAGGGACAAGCUAACCGAAGACCAGCGACUCGAAGAUUACCCGACUACCUGGUCGAUCCUGAAGUCGCCCAUGUUUCUCCUGAUGACGUUCUGGACGAUCGUGGUCCAGGGCGAGAUCUUCUUCGUCAUAGGGAUCAUGAACCCGUGGUUGACAUUCCUCGCUGAUGGCGACACUGAAACAGUAAGUUUUUAUACAAACAUCUUAGCCAUAACCACCAUAGGAAGUCUGAUCGGGUCGCCAAUUAUGGGAUACGUCUUUGACAGACGAAAGGAACUUUCUGAAAAAUCACCGAAGAAAGAUGAUACCAAAGGACCUUACGCUGAUCUGCGAGAUAGCUGGUUACCGGUGGCAUUAUCUUCCGUAACAGCUAUAGCUAUGUCUGGUUUGAUGAUGGUCCCAAUCCUCCCUGUUCAAUUUGGUACUUUCAUCUUACUCACAGCCGUCAGGGCUAUGUUUUAUUCUGCCUCUGCUGCCAUCGUGCCUAUAACUUUUCCAAUGCAAUUUUAUCCGACCGUGUUUGGGACUGCAAAUUUCAUCGCUGGUUUGAUGUCUCUCACCCAAUAUCCACUCUUCAUUGUCAUCCAGGAAUCGCUUAACGGGGAUCCUAGAUGGGUAAUCUUUGGGAUGAUGCUUGCCAACGUCGUUGCUUUGAUAUAUCCUCUCUACAUCUACAUCUACGGUAAAAACCACGAGAAGCAAUACCUUGAGACAAGACGAGAAAUGCCAACUUCAAACGGUUUUUGAUGCUCGACACACAAAAAAGAUGAAUUUGAUGACAUACCUUAAUCUCACUGCUGUCAGGGAUCUAAUUUAGAAGUGGAAAAUGUAACGUUUAAUGAUGAAAGAUUAAAUUUAGGACAAACCAACUUUAAACACUAAGUUAAAUCCUCUUUGUAAGUUUGAAAGCAAAGCCAAUCCCCAAUCGAUUUAGCAAUCUUAUGAUCGGAUACAUGAUUCGGUGCGUGACUAUAAAAGCUUGAAAUCAAUGACAAUAUCGAUUACAUUAUUCCUUUAAUAAUAAUCAAUCUAAAAUUGAUGAUUUUACUCGUUAUAAAAUUAAGACUUGAUAAUCAAGACAAGAUUAACGUAAAAUCAUGUUAUUGUGACUAGGUUUACAUAUAUUUUGGUCAUUGAUUGAUUCAUCAUGAUCAUAAAAAGUGACACUAUAGUUUAAGAAUGGGCGGCGCCAUCUUUUCCCUGCAUGACAUUUGAGAAAUCAAAAAAUGAAAGUUUGCAAUCAAACUUAAACCAAGCUAAAUAUUCGCACUCAUCUUUAAAAAGUAAAUAUGGAACCAUUCAGUGCCAAUGUAUACUUACAUUACUUUUGUUCCUUUAAACACAUUUUUCACUUACUGUUAGUUGUUACUUGCUUGUUGCAUCAUUCCUCCAUGGUUGCAGUAAUCACGAAAUGCAGCUCAUUGCUUGGAAGCUAUACCGGGGUUUAAAGUCAUGUUGUGUGUAAAUGGAGGUUGCGAAGUCCAGGGUAAUUGGUUGAUCUAACCUUGGUCGCAUACAUUCGUAAUUCCGAAGCUUCGUUAUUCCGAAGGUUCGGAUAUUCCGAAGGUUCGUUAUUCCGAAGGUUCGUAUUUCCGAAGGUUCGUAAUUCCGAAGGUUCGUUAGUCCGAAAACGAAAUGAGGUUCGUUAGUCCGAAAACGAAGUGAGGUUCGUAAUUCCGAAGGUUCGUUAAUCCGAAAACGAAAUGAGGUUCGUUAGUCCGAAAACUAAUGAUUAACGAACCUUAUUUCGUUUUCGGACUAACGAACCUUCGGAACAACGAACCUUAUUUCGUUUUCGGAUUGACGAACCUUCGGAACAUCGAACCUUAUUUCGUUUUCGGAUUAUCGAACCUUCGGAAUAACGAACCUUCGGAAUAACGCCACAAAUGUUCGGAUUAACGAGAUUAACGAGCCCUUUUACGUCUCGGAUUAACGAACAUCGAGGUAUAUGCAAUGUACGUGUUUCGGAAUUACGAACCGUCGGAAUAAAGAACCUUCGGAAUUACGAACCUUCGGGAUUACGAAGUGUAACCAACUUUGGUUGAUCCAUACAAGAAAAAUGAGCAUGUAACGGUGCAAGUACACACAUGCAUUUAAGUAUAUUUACUUACAUCAUUGCUGAUAGAUAGUGCAACCUUUCUGAGUAUAUUUUUUUACGAAAAUCACAUGUGCUGGCAACCAAUAGGCCUUGAUUGAUUUUUUUUUUUCAAAUCUAUUUCUGCUAAAUAUUUAAGAUUAGCGGCUAUUGUUUUGAAGAGGCUGAGUAAAUUAACCUUGAAGAGAAAAAGUGAUAUGUAUUUUAGGUUCCAUAAAGCAAGUUAACGUCAAAAUACCAUGAUAUUGUCCUUUAUGUAAACAUUUCGUGCAUUAUUAAAUCACAAAGAAUAAAAUUUAUAUAUUUUUAUAAACUGCAUGAAUGCCUAAAUAAAAUCUAAGAUUAUGCAAAACGAUGUAGGCUCAUA